AUGGGGAUCCCAAAUUCCUUCCAGCGCGAGAAGCUUGAAUCCCUAUGGAGCUAUGUUGUCAGCAACAAGAUGAAACAGGAGCUGUUAAAGGACAACGUUGUCCCUCAACAGCUUUUAGAUGACAAGGCCAUACUUCUGGUCCCUCACGUAUUCGAGGACGUUCACGAUUUCAAUUGGCGUUGCUCUGUUGAGUCUCUAACUCCCAAUAUGGCUCUCCCCCCAGUUUUGUUCUCCCCUUUCAAGAGCCUCGGAGAUCAUCCUAUCGACUUAGACGCUAUGGACCCUAUAUCAAGACAAGCUGCUACGACAUUCGUCGAAUAUGGCUCGCCUGACCUCUCCGGUUAUGCGAAUACAUCGCCAUACAGUUGUCCCGGGUAUUUUUCUCAUCGCAUUCAGAACUGGGCUGAAGGCGCACAAAUUCGACGACAAAUACCCCCGGGAGACCUAAAUCUUACUGAGUUCCGUGGUAUAACCCCAGUUCAUAAGUAUCAAGGUCUGUUGGCAGACUCUGGAUUUUAUGACCUCUGGCGCGAUGGCUGGGACACAAUGAUCUAUGAGUACGACAAGGAGCACUUUGAUGCCAUCUUGCUUCAUGUAAUACUGUUGACUUCUCAGGGUAACAAGGAUUACAAUGGGUCAAUGCUACGAGGUGAACUGGCAGUAAUUCUCACUGCCAUGAGAAACCGGGCUAUUCAGACCGUGAAACACGAGGAGGAGCAGCGACAGGAGGAAGAGGAGCCCGAGGAGGCGAGCAAAGAAUCCGAGCUCAUUUUCAGUUCGGAAGCCAGAUUCCCGUUAUUCGACAAUCCAGACUUUACAGUUUUGAAAAGAAAGAACCUGCGGUUUGGGACCUAG